AGCUACUUCAGUAUCAGUUGUCUUUACCGUUUAGUUGAACUUGCACGAAAUGGCGAAGUUAACGUUAAUUAUUUGUAUAUUAAUACCAUCAAUAUUAGCUCAGUGCAACAUUGAAAAAGCGAGACCAUUUAUAUCAAGGUCUGUAUUCGAGUUUUCUACAGAAUUAAUAAAGCGAAUCGCCCAAGAAACUGAAAACCAUUUCAUCGCUUCGACUCUUUCGCCUUGGACAUUACUGGCUUACACCUCAUUAGGAGCUACGGAUAAUUCCUACGAGGAAUUAGUUAAAAUACUAAGAUUGCACCGUCACAGUUGUUUUAUGAAUAAAUUCUUCGAUGUAACAAAAGAGAUUUACACACCGACUGCGGAAACAAGUCUUGAAGGAGCUUCCGCGAUAUUUGUUGAUGAAAACAUUCAAGUAAAUGAUCGCUUCCAAGAACAAGUUAGAAGAGCCGGCCUCGGUGAUAUCAAACAAGUUGCUGUAGACAACUACGAAUACGUUGCUGCGACUAUCAACAAUUAUGUUAAAACCGCUACUAAUGGGGCUAUAGACGAGAUAGUGGUAGCCAGCGAUUUGGAGAAUGUAGUUAUGAUGAUUGUCGAUGCACUAAGAUUUAAAGGAACUUGGGAAAAUCCUUUCCCAGUAAACGAAACACAACAGAUGCCUUUCUACGACGAAAUGAAUAAUGAAAUAGGUAAAGUCAACCUUAUGACUAUUACAGACAAUUACAAUACUAGAUUUAAUAAUGAAAUCAACGCGACUGUUGUUGAACUACCCUAUAGUGAUCGAAGAUUUUCAAUGUUGCUAUUCGUUCCUUACUCUGAAGAGAAAUUAAAUAACGUUAUAGAUUCACUAAAAAAGAUUAGCGUGAGAUCAUUAUUCAAAGAUUUCGAAGGCAAAGGUACUACAGAGGUAAAUGUGAGAAUGCCACGGUUCAAGAUUUCAUCCGAUCUUAAUAAUUUAAAGGAACUUUUAAUAGAUAUGGGACUAAGGUCUAUAUUUGAUCCCAGCCAAGCUUCGUUCCCUAAAAUAGCUGAUUAUCCUCUAUAUAUUUCUAAUCUUAUUCAAAAGGCUGACAUAGAAGUUACUGAGGAAGGUACAAUAGCUAGCGCCGCGACACAACUAGACUUCUCUUUUAAAAGCUUCCCAACAAAUGUAGACGCAAACAAACCGUUCUUCUUCAUGAUUGUGGACAAAAAAACAUAUAUACCAGUCUUCGCUGGGGCAUACUCCAAGCCCAGUGUAUACUAAUUUCCUCAUCUAAUAAGAACAAAAUAUACUUUUGGAAUAUUUAUUUUAUGU